AUUUAUUCAAAAAAAAUAAUUGGACAUUUUGCAACAGUUCUUUUGUGAGGCUUUUAUUAAUGGAAUAAUACUUGACUAUGUUCCCUAUGGGUGUGCAAAUUCUUAAUAUCCUAAUAAUUUCCUAAUAAGUUUCCAGGGAAAAAAAGCAAUUUGACAGUAACUAAAACAGAGAAAUGUUCAAAAGUCCAAAUUAAUUCCAAAGAAAUGCUGUGAUAGAAUAACCAAGAGAAUUUUAAUCAUUGCUAUAGGCAAACAAACCCUUAAACAAAUAUGCAUAUUAAAGUUUCCGACAAUAAAUUAGUAAUUAUUAUUUACUUGGGUUUAAAUGGAGCUGUUCAAGGAAAAUCCGCAUGUGCACUCAACACAGCUCAAAACUUCAAAUCUCCCUUCUGACCAUAAUUACUGAAUUACAUAGUUUUCCCCAGGAAACAGUAAAUUAUUAGGAGAGUGUUUUGAUGUUUAAGAUAAUUUUGUGAGAGUCUUUACAAAGACAAACAUGAGCGAUACCACAGUUUAUUUUAAUAUAGAUAUUAUGGUUGGCCUAUUGAUGUAUGGAGAAGAGUUAAGAUUUAUUUUAGGUCACUAGGCAAAAAGCAAAAAAAAAGAAAUUCAAGUGCCCCAUUUUUACACUUUCAAUUUCAGUUUAAUGAUUAUAUAGGCUGUAGUGUAGCCACCGGAAGUAAAUAACCAUGUUAACUAGCUAUAAUCACCUUUUUCUGUCAAUACUUCAUUAGUUUUGCCUCAGCAGCCUGUCUUGGUAGUGGAUAUAAUAAGAGCCCAAAACUACCAUUGAGACAUUUAAAAUAUGAUUGAGAGAUAAUUUCCCAUAACACCUCUGUGCAAACCGGUCGCACCAUUGACUGUAUUAAUAACCCGUGUGUGCAGAGAUGAAACUGAGCUCGCAGCAGGCGCCGCCUCUUCGGGGAGCCUCCCACCAAUGAAGUCGGUCCUGAGGCGGGACGAUGACUGUCCGAUGUGCUGGCAACAGGUUGCGCUGGUAGCGGGGUGAAUAUCCCCCAUGUCCUCAGUUGCUUGAGUAACAUCUUCUCAUCCCAUCAGCACUGUACAGGACUGCUGCUGCUGCUGCUGCUGUAAGGACUGACACACAGGACCCCUGACUGAGGACGGAGGAAUAUUUCGCGGGUUAUCUUUGCAGGCUGCUUGCACAGACACCAGGAAGUGAACAUGAGCUCUCUUUCCACUGACAGGAAGCCGCUCGUGGAUUAUGGCGUUCAGAUACGCUUCAUCAAGGACCUCCAUGACACAGGCGGGGGUCAUCCUGAUAAAUCCAGAGCAAACAGUAGUGCAACGCCUCCUUCCAAUAAAUAUGGGGUGGCAGUGCGGGUUCAGGGAAUCUCUGGACAGCCUUAUGUGGUCCUGAAAGAUGGUGAGAAAGGUGACUCAUAUGGAGUUCAGCUAAACACUCCCACUCCCAGCUCAGGGUCGACGUCGCCCUACAACAGCCUCCCCAAAACCAAUAAAGAACCAGCAGAAUUCGGAAACCCCUACAUACCGGCUGCAAACACAGCACACUCCCCUGUUUCUCCAGCAGAAGAUGAGGAUGGGGAGAUUUUCGGGAGCCCGCUUAAGCGACCUCCAGGGGAUGGUCAAGCAGGAACACAAGGGGACGAGGAAGGUGGAGCUGGAAGAGAAAGACAGGUGGAAAGGCCAAAAGCUCAACUCAAACCAACAGGCAGUGAAGCAGAGAAAAACAAAGACUCGACUGAUACGGAGGAGUAUAAUGAAGCAGGGCUGAAACCUGUCAAAUUAAACGGCGUGGGACCCAGAGGGGUCAAGAAAGCUGGCUCCGGUUUAACUGGCUCUUUGGGGAGGUACAGUGGGAGAAAACAGAGAAAAGAUUCCCCUUCAGAGUCGUUCCCAGAACCUCCAGCAUCAACUGAUGAGGAGCCUGCCCCGACGAUCGACACCAACUCCCUGGCUCCCAUCAACAAGCUCAUCAGUAAAUUUAACAGUUCGACACCAGGCAGCGCCCCACAGACCAGAGGCCGCUCUGGAGCGAGGCAGCGGCUCAGGUUUGACGAGCGCAGGAGGUCCAGAAGUCUUGACGCUAGAGGAGAAGUUCAACCAGAAGUUUCCCUUCCUUCCUCUACUUCUCCCAUUCUCAUGAACCCUUACGCUUUUCCUCUGUCUACGUCCUCCAAUUUGUUGAUGUCGUCUGCCCCAGCGAGCGGUAGCCUGGGAAGGAGCCCUGCAUCUGUUGCCAAGGUGACAGCACUCGAGGCCCCCAAGCCCAGCUUUAAGUCACCAGGGAAGUUUGUUGCCAAGGAUUUCCCUCCAGCUCUACCUAAAAAGCCUGAGAUACCCCCGAGGAGCCUGAGUCAAAGCACCAAGGCCAUCAGAGGGGAGGAGCCUCAGGUCAAGCAGUCUAUUUUCAACACUCUCAAAGACAGCAGCGACAGUGAGGGAUCCCUCACAAAAAAGGCCAACUUUGGUUAUGAGACAACCGGCAGUUUUAAGAAGGGAGGAUAUGAUGGAAGUCUCCAAAAGGGGAAUUUUGAGGAACUUCAGGAUCAACUCGAUCGCUGCAAGAAAGAACUGCUGCAGGCCCAUGAUGAACUGGCCGAGGAGCGUAUGGCGAGAGAGGGUGCAGAGUCUCGUCUGCGCCUACAUGAAGACCAGCUGGCCGAGCUUCAGGAGGAGCUGAGGAGGGUUUCAGAAAACUCACCUCACUCAGACUCACUGCAGACGGAUGUGAUGACUCUGCAGGCCGAUCUGGCUGAGGCUACCAUGUUACGUCAUCGGCAGGAGGAUACGCUCCAUCAGAGGGAGCGGGAGCUGACGGCCCUGAAGGGAGUGCUGAAGGAGGAGGUUGAGUGUCAUGACAGAGAGAUGGAGGCUCUGAGGGAGCAGUACAGCCAGGACAUGGCCCAACUGAGGAAAACCAUGGAACAGGUCACACAGUCCCAGGAGCAGAUCGAGGAGGAGAGGGAGAGGGUGAACGCCUCCAUGUUGACGCUGGAAGAAGAGCUGGAGAGCUGCAGGGAUCAGGGAGAGCAGUGGAAGACACAGCUGGAUGUCACCACACAGGGCCUGCACAACACCAGAGAAGAGAGCGGGAAGCACGUCAGCCGUCGAAUGCUCCUGAAAUCCCGUUUGGAGAAGGAAGAAUUUGAGGGUGAGCUGAAGGAUCUUCAGAAUUCACUUCUCUCCGUGAAGAAACAAAUGCCUGAUGAUGACCAGUCUUUAGCAGAGGAGCUUCAGCGUUGCCAUGACAACCUGAAGCGGGCUCGCGCCGAUCUGGACAAACAAAAGGGCGAGUUAGACGAGAAGAGCAAGGCACUUCAAGCCCUGAAGAAAGCGGGUGGAGAGAAAGAGGCCGAGCUUCAGUCUGAAAUCAGCAGGUUGAAGGAGCAGUCGCAGAAAGACAAGGCCGAGCUGGAAAAGGCGCUCGAGAAGGCAAAGGAGUCAUCAGCUGGAAGAACUGUGGUGGACCAUGGCGCCAACCUGGAGCUCCAGGAAGCAAACACUCGCCUCAGAGAGAGGCUGGCACGCAUGACGCGGCUUCACUCCAGCAUGAACCGGAGCUCGGAGGCCGAGGAGGCGGUGGAAGCCCUGGAGGAUGAGAACCGCUCCCUGAAGUCUCAGCUGGAGGAGACCAAGAGAGGAGCCACCCGCCUGAGCAAGGAGAGGGAUGAGCUGACCCGGCGGCUGGAGGAGAGAGACCUGGAGAGGGACGCCCUGCGGAGGGGCAAGAGCGACCUGGAGGAGCAGAAGAGGCUGCUGGACCGAGCCCUGGAGAAGAUUAACAAAGAGAUGGAGAUGAUGAUGGGAGAUUCCCGUCAGUCGGUGGCGUCACUGCAAACACAGCUCGAUGACUACAGGGAGCGCUCGAGGAAGGACCUGCUGGAGGCGCAGCGCAACAGCAAAGACAGGCUGGCUGAGCUGCAGAGAGCCCAGAGCAACCUGAAGGCCCAGCAAGAUGAGGUUUCCCGUCUGAAGAGGGAUCUGCUGGUGUGCAGUGAGGAGAGAGACAGCGCCCAGUUGGAGAGAGAUCUCCUCAGCAACCGUCUCAAACACUUGGAGAGCGAGCUAGAGACCGAAAAGAGCACCCACACCGAUCGCACCAGGGAGAUCAGGGGCCUGGAGGAUAAAAUUAAGACACUGGAGAUCGAGCUGGAUGAGGAGAGGAGCAGUGUAGAGCUUCUAAACGACCGUAUCACACGAAGCAGAGAUCAGGUGGAUCAGCUUCGUUCAGAGCUGAUGCAGGAGCGUUCGGCAAGACAUGACCUGGAGAUGGACAAGAGUGCACUUGAGAGACAGUUGAAGGAGCUGAGGUCUCGUGUGGCAGACAUGGAAGGACAGACUCGGCCCUCAGCUGGAAUCAACCUGCUGGAGAACAAAAUUCAAGAGCUAGAGGAGAGACUUCACAGUGAAGAAAGAGAGAAGGCCGGUAUCCAGGCCUCUCAGAGACGAAUGGAGAGAAAGCUAAAGGAGCUAAACGCCACGUUAGACCAGGAGAGAAGCCAACACGUUGAGCAGAGAGACCAGCUGUCUCUGCGUGUGAAGGCCUUGAAACGGCAGGUGGACGAGAGCGAAGGGGAGGUGGAGCGCCUGGAGGGAGUGCGCCGCAAGGUCCUCAGGGACUUGGAGGAGCAGCAGGAGCUCCAGGAGGCACUGCAGGCCAAAGUCACAGCACUGGAGGCAGAACUGAAGCGGAAGUCACAGCAAACACAUCGUGCAGCUCUGGGCUCCUCCACUUUAAGUUCUGAGGAUGAGGACGGUUUCUAUGACACCAACAUCACCUCCAUCCUGAAUGAAAGCCACCUGCAGACCACCAGCUCCUAGAAUAAAAUUACUGCAAGAAGAGGUUUUUUUUUUUCCAGUACUUGUAAGAUUUUGUCAGAGAUUUUGUCAGAGGAAGGUACUCAGGGCAUGAAGGACUCGCUUGUGUGAAGAACUCUGUUGCCAUGCACUACAGACUUGCCUUGCAGUUGUUCUUGGGUUUAUUUUUAGUGCAACAGUCCAACAGAGACAGGUUGUCAGGAUAAUUAGAUUGCAGUUUUUGAGCCUUCAGCUGUGAUUAUGAUUGCUUCUUUGCUGUCAUGUUUUAUCUGUCUUGAGAUCUACUGUUUCGUGUCUUGCUGAAGAGAAGAAUUACAAUUACAGUUAGAAUUAAGGUUUUACUUCUUGAAUUAUAUUUUCAAAAAGGCUCUUUGCUGUUUCUUUUUUGUAUUGACCAUAUAAACUGUACAUUACUGCGGUAGCACAUUACUGUGGCAUGUUGAUGUUCAGAGGUCAUAAUGGUAGCAAGUGAUUUUGCCAGUUUGGUUUCACUGAAGUCAGAAUUGCAAAUUCAAAUUCGUUUUAAACCAAAAAAUAAAAUAUUUCCUUUUUUUUUUUUUCUUUUUUUAACUGUUCCAGUUGUUGGUUUUAUCUGUGUUUGCUUACGCAUGAUAAGUUACAUCUGUCAGUGUUGUAAGUGGCUCCAAGUGUUUCUUUGUGUAUUGGAAGUGAUGUCUUUUUUUUUUUUAACCUUUGAAUGUGACAGUAAUGGGCCAUUUAAACUGAGCCUAUAUUUUUACAUUGUAUUAGCUGUGCAUACCUGUUACUCAAGACAAUCAAAUAUACAUAAAGUAACACUGUGUAUCCUCAUAGAUUAAUUUUCUCCCUAUAGAUUUUUCUACUUUAAUGGCCAUAUUUCUGAAUGUGGUUCAGUUUAUCGCUGCGUAUUUAGCUUGGUCCAUGUGCAUGUUUCACUCAAAUGCCUUAAGAAUUAGUUUCAUAUCAUGUCGUCAUCGCAUGUGUUGUGUUUGUAUGCUGCUGCUGCUGUAAUGAUUUAAAUAGUAUGUCCUGCUGUAUGUGUGUAUGCUUGCCUCGGCUUGCAUCUCCUCUGCAUUCCUAAUGGAAGUAUCGUCACCUUAGCUUUGCAAGCGUUCCACAUUUCUCUUUGUUGCAACUGCCUGUGAUGAUGGUGUUAUUAUAUUUUCAACCUGUCACUUUGAAAAUUUGUGUUUGGGCAAUUACAAGCAAGGAUGCUAUAAAUUUAAAGUUUGUUUAUUAAGCUGCUGGUAAUAUUCGGUGAAGAGCUUUAUAAGCUUCCCAAAAUUGUUGACAGAUAUUUUAAGUACAUUUUGGACCAUGUAUUCAAUAAAAGGAGAUAUAUUGUAA